GUCAAGAAACACGUGCGCAGUUUCCAUUCCGAAAAGAUUUACCAGUGUACGGAAUGCGACAAGGCUUUCUGCCGUCCUGACAAGCUGCGGCUCCAUAUGUUGCGACACUCGGACCGCAAAGAUUUCCUGUGCUCCACGUGUGGCAAGCAGUUCAAGAGGAAAGACAAGCUGCGAGAGCACAUGCAGAGGAUGCACAACCCGGAGAGGGAGGCCAAGAAAGCUGAUCGAAUCAGCCGCUCCAAAACGUUCAAGCCUCGGAUAGCUUCUACCGACUACGAAAGCUUCAUGUUCAAGUGCCGGCUCUGCAUGAUGGGUUUCCGCCGGAGGGGCAUGCUGGUGAAUCAUUUAUCAAAGAGACAUCCAGACAUGAAAAUAGAAGAGGUGCCAGAGCUCACAUUGCCCAUCAUCAAACCCAACAGAGAUUACUUCUGUCAGUACUGUGAUAAGGUGUACAAGAGCGCCAGCAAACGCAAAGCACACAUCCUGAAGAACCAUCCUGGUGCUGAGCUACCUCCAAGCAUCCGGAAGCUGCGCCCUGCGGGCCCAGGAGAGCCGGAUCCCAUGCUGAGCACCCACACGCAGCUGACGGGCACUAUAGCCACCCCUCCGGUCUGCUGCCCUCACUGUUCCAAGCAGUACAGCAGUAAGACAAAGAUGGUCCAGCACAUUCGCAAGAAGCACCCGGAGUUUGCUCAGCUGCCCAACACAAUACACACCCCGCUGGCAACGGCUGUCAUCAGUUCCACUCCUGCAGUUCUGACCACUGACAGCACUACGGGAGAGACUGUUGUGACAACGGAUCUACUGACACAAGCAAUGACGGAGAUAUCCCAGACCCUCACCACAGACUAUCGAACUCCCCAGGGAGAUUACCAGCGAAUCCAGUACAUCCCUGUGUCUCAGGCCACAACUGGCUUGCAGCAGCCUCAGCACAUACAGCUGCAGGUUGUUCAAGUGGCCCAGGCUACCUCACCCCACCAGUCCCAGCACUCCACGGUGGACGUUGGGCAGCUUCAUGACCCCCAGACGUACACCCAGCAUGCUAUCCAGGUGCAGCACAUCCAGGUGACAGAGCCAUCGCCAGCAACUCAGUCAUCACAGGAACUCAGCCCCUCGCAGAUGCAGACAACUACAUCUACGCCAAACCAAGCCCUGCAGCAGCAGCAGCAAGGCUCUUCAGUUCAGCACACCUAUCUUCCCAGCACAUGGAACUCAUUUCGGAGCUAUUCAUCGGAGAUUCAGAUGAUGACCAUUCCCCAAGGCCAGUACGUGAUCACAGAGACCGCUGUAGGUACACCGGUCACCACUGUCAACACAGGGCAAGUGAAAGCAGUCACUCAGACUCACUAUGUGAUAUCUGAAGGUCAGCCUGAUCUGGAUGUCAAACCAAACCCUUCACUCCCCAGCGAGGUACAGGUGGGUGUUUCCCAGCCACCAGCCCACACGGAUACCUUGGAAUCACAGACCAGCAGCCAGCAGCAAACCACCCAGUAUAUCAUCACUACAACCACCAAUGGGAACGGUGGCAGUGAAGUGCACAUCACUAAACCCAGAACUUUCUCAGCAGAACACGAGUGA